AUGUCAACCUCUGGUCCUUGUACUGGGUUUCCGGCUCCGGGCCUUCGUAACCCUUUCCGGUACUUGACCGGACACGACAGUGAAGGCAAUUCUGUCUUUGUUCAGACCGAUCAUGGCUAUCACGGUGCCCCAAUGUUAGGCGGCGCAGCUGCCCAGUCCAUCUUCUACAGUAGCGACAGCAACCCAAUCGAGCUCACUGGAGAUGUUGACCUUGAGUUCAUCAAGAAACAACCAUCCCUACAUAUGCCCAACGGAUGCGUCGUCCGUAUGAUCGACUUCGCUCCCGGUACCGAGUCAUCUCUCCACCGCGCCCUCACUCUCGGUAUUGGAACCGUUUGCGAGGGCGAGAUCGAGCUGUGGCUGGGCGGUGAGGAGACUCGCAUUCUUCGACCUGGCGAUGUCUCGAUUAACCGUGGGGCUAUGCACCGCUGGCGAAAUACUUCCAACGAGAAGCCAGCCCGCAUGCUGUUCAUCAUGUUAGAUGUCAAGCCGAUCAUCGUUAAUGGGAAGGCACUGGAGUUCGAAAUGGGCACGCUUAUGGACGAGUACGCAAAGUACAAGGAAGAUCAAGGCCCAAACAUUCAGGGUUGA